AUGGUUUUAGCAGCAAGGGCAUCGGUGGGUCUGCAACAACAGAAUACAAUACUCGCACAUAUUGGAAAAAAAACCUUGGCCAUUAUAGAAAAACUAUCGCGGCACCACCGCCGGUACAGCGCAGUACUCUGGCUAGAUGGGCGCAGCGAGUACAGCCUGAAGCGGAGCAUCGCCAACUGCGCGGGCAGGAUCCCUCAAGGCCAGAUCCCUGGAGUGAGCAGAGCCUAUGCUACAGACAGCGGGGCGGACGUGGAUGCAGUGGUGAAAGAUGUGAUGGGCUGGCUUGCGCGGCCAGAUAGCAACUCCUGGCUGCUCAUCUUCGACAACGUUGACCGAGAGUACGGUGAGCGAGGCGGCGAUGCAGACGCAUACGACGUGAAGGACUACCUCUCAGGUGCCGACCAUGGCUCUGUGCUGAUCACAACGCGGCUAGCGAGGCUGGAGCAGUUGGGCAAGUCGCAGCAGCUGAGCAAGGUAGACGACGAGCAAGCGCAGGCAAUGCUGAAGACGUGGUACAAGAAGACGUACGACACAACCGAGGGCGACCACUUGCUGCAACUGCUUGAUGGCCUGCCUCUGGCGAUUGCCCAGGCAGGUGCCUAUCUGCAGGAGAGCGGGGUGGGACUUAAGACAUAUCUGCGCUUCUACGAGCAGCAGUGGAGCGAGCUGUUGAAGGUGGACGGUGUAAGAGAAGUGCCGCUGCAAGACUACCCAGACCGCAGCGUGUGGACGACGUGGGCGAUCUCGUACUAUGAAAUUCGCAACAAGCACGAGCAGCGAGCUCUCAAGAUCAAUCAAUCGUCUCAACACUUCUACAACUACUCGCUUGUCGAAGCGGUGGAAGAGACGGCAAGCUACACAACGCACCCCGUGGUGCAUCGGUGGGCAUACUACUACCAGGGCAAGCAGUCAGCGAGGGAGCUUGACCAAGUUGCAGUAGUUGCUGUUGGGCGGGCAGUACCAGAUCAUUCUGGUGUCGACUGGGCAGCUUUGCAACGCCGUCUUCUCCCUCAUGCCCAGGCGUGCUCUACAUACCAAGGCAAACUGACAGAGGCAGAGAAGAUGUACCAGCGGGCGCUGCAGGGGAAGGAGGAUGCACUCAGCCCCAAGCACACGUCCACGCUGAGGACAGUCAACAACCUGGGCAUCCUCUACAAGAACCAAGGCAAGCUGGCGGAGGCAGAGAAGAUGUGCCAGCGGGCGUUGGAAGGGAGAGAGGAUGCACGCGGCCCCAAGCACACGUCGACGCUGGACACAUUCAACAACCUAGGUAAUCUCUAUAGAACCCAAGGCAAGCUAGCAGAGGCAGAGAAGAUGUACCAGCGGGUGUUGGAAGGGAGAGAGGAUGCACUAGGAGACCCGCCCGUUCGACGGUACAUGCCUGCGCUUACCACACUACAAAACAUGGGCGACCUUUACGUCAAGCAAAAGAAGUAUGCCGAAGCACUAGAGGUGUAUUCAAGGGCGCUACCUAGGCUGCAGUGCGUCCUCGGCCAGUCAAGCGAAAGGUGUAGACAACUUGAAGCUAGGAUGCAGGUGUUGUCUAAUCUGCAAGCAAGCAAGGUGGAGUUUACUCAGCCGUCAGGCGUCAAAGAUGUUCCCAAGUCCCGGCCAGAGCAGGAGAAGAGGACAUGGAAACGUCAGUCCGGGCAAUAUGUCAAGAGGGUAUUUCAGUAGCAGUACUGCGUAACUGUUGGGGAUCGUGAGUGAUCAG